AUGGCUACGUCCGCUUCAACCCCUGGCUCUCCGAACGGUGCCCCCACAAAUGACACCGCUACUACUGUGGUCACUCCACAUGACCCGCCGGCGUCUGCCAAGUCGGACUUUCAUCCGGCCCUUGCUGUCACCAAUAUCAAAAACAACAUUCCCUUCAAACUCGAGAUAGACAAGGACUAUUAUGCUAUGCGGGCUGAAUUGUUUGAAACUCAUGCUCACGCCACUCAAGUGCUCCACCACAUCAUUCCUCAAGCUGGCAUGGAGCCUCCUGCGCGCACCGAUGCUUCCUAUGCCCGGUGGGCCACUCUUGACUCUACUGUCAAACAAUGGAUUUAUUCCACCAUCUCCUUCGAUCUUCUCGCCACUGUUAUGGAGAAAGGUUCUACUGCUAUGGAUACUUGGAACCGUAUAGCUUCUCUGUUUGAGGACAAUCAGAACUCUCGUGCUGUCGCUCUCGACCAGGAUUUCAUCUCCACUCGCAUGGAGGAUUUUCCUAAUGUUUCGGCCUAUUGUCAACGUCUGAAACAUAUCUCUGAUCAGUUGAGGAAUGUUGGUGCCCCUGUUAGUGAUCAUCGUCUUGUUCUCCAGUUGGUCUCUGGUCUCACUGAGCCUUUCCGUGGUGUUGCCACCCUGAUCCGUCAGAGUGAGCCUUUGCCUCCUUUCCUCAAGGUCCGCUCCAUGUUGAUUCUAGAGGAAUCUGGUCUCGCCAGGAUGUUAGGUCCGGCCUCUCAGACUGCUUUGCACACCUCUGCUUCCCGUCCACCGGCCUCCGUUGACUCCUCUCAGCAGCGCCCCACCUACCGCAGCGAUCAGGGCCACUCCAACCAUCGUUAUGGGUCAGGGCAAAAUCGCAAUUAUCAGGGUGGUUCUGGUAAACCUAGGAAGAAAGGUGGCUCCCGUUAUCCUGGAUCACCUGGCUCCUCUGGUUCCUCUGCUGCAUCUCCUCCACCCUGGCGCCCACCACCGCAGGCAUCCUAG